AUGGCUUCUUCUAGAGGGCCAGCUCUGGCGGGGAGCCCCCCGAGUGGCAAGGCCCCCGAAGUCGGCGGGGAGUCCUUGCUUUGCCUGCUCCGGGGGGGCCCUUCCUUCGGCCCAGGGCCCCCCCUCCCUCUUCCUCCCCCUCCUCCCCCCGGCUUCCUGGAAGCAGCCCUUCCUCCUGCUGCUGCCCCCGGCCCCUUCCUCCAGCCCCCCCGGGGGCCCCUGCGCCUUCCCCUUCGCCGCCUCUUUCGGGCUGCCCCCGGCGCCCCCUCCUCCUCCUCCUCUGCCCCGGCCCCUGGCCCUCUUCCCGGCCCAGGCUCCCAAGGCCAGGGCCUCCCUUUCUCCUCGACGCCGGGGCCCCGACAGACUAGCCUCCCCGAAGAAGAGCAGAGCAGCCCCGGGACCCUCGCCCCCGGCCCAGCCCCGCUUCCGCUUCAGCGCCCAGGAGCUCCACGCCGUCCUCUACGGGCCCCUCAGCCCAGAUUUUGGGAUGGUCACUGGUCACUUAUUGAUGGCAAAGGCUCCUCGGGAAACUGGAUGGCUUUGGUGAACGUGCCGUUUCCUGAGGAGACAGACUUGGAUUGCUGUUUCAGUGCCACAGCGAGAUCUACUAUGAGAGCUGCAAAGAGAUCCUGCCAGGUCAAGAGUUGCUGGUCUGAGUCUGUGGAGGGCUAUAAGUGUGAACGGUGUGGGAAAGUGUUUGCCUACAAAUACUACCGGGAUAAACAUCUGAAGUACACGCGAUGUGUGGAUCAAGGGGACAGGAAAUUCCCAUGCCAUCUUUGCAGCCGAUCUUUUGAAAAAAGGGACCGCCUAAGGAUCCACGUUCUCCAUGUUCAUGAGAAACACAGGCCACAUAAAUGUGGUAUAUGUGGUAAAAGUUUCUCGCAGUCCUCCAGCCUAAACAAGCACAUGAGGGUACACUCUGGUGAAAGGCCUUAUAAAUGUGUCUACUGCAACAAGGCAUUUACCGCUUCCAGCAUCCUGCGCACACAUAUUCGCCAGCAUUCGGGAGAGAAACCCUUUAAAUGCAAACAUUGUGGCAAGGCAUUUGCUUCACAUGCUGCUCAUGACAGUCAUGUACGGCGCACACACAGUGGGAAAGAAAAAGCUCGCACCUGUACAGUGUGUGGUAAAAAAUUCUUGGAACCAGAUGAAUUCCGUUUCCAUUCAAAGUUUCAUGCAGCAAUUCAGACAGCAAACUAA